AUGAAACCCAAACCGCGUGGCCAAGCCAUAUCACCCUCCUCUACCCCCGUUGCCGCACCACUUCCUUCUACGCUGUCGCCACCGGCAAUAUCGAACGGGCAGCAAAUGGACAGCAGUCUAGAUUCACCACCUUUAGAGCCCAAUACCAGCCCAAAUGAUACCAUAGGCCAGUUCUCGUAUGGACCUGCGACGCAAACGACAGUCGUGACAACCACGACUACGACUACAACAAAAUUUCCUCCUCUGGUACUGCGCGCACCGCGGCACUUGAAGGAGCUAGACCCGAAGUUGUAUCCCUUAGCUGCCUCCCCUACACCAAGAUCAAUUCGAAAAUUGGUCUUUGAAGUGGACGGUCAGCCCACUACCUUUCAGGAGGCGGAUGACACAUUACAGACUGUGGAACAGUUGAGAAAGCAGAAAAAGGCAUUGGCACAGUCUCAUGGCUCCCUACAAUCGGUUCGCAACAUCUCAGGCCCUUUGGGUGGCCCUCACGUGAAAAGCUCCGCAAACCCUUCCCGAACAUCUUCAACCUCCAAUCGUCCGCUCGGUUCCUUUCAACGAGCCGGUACCAAGCGAUCAGCAUCCCCUGUAUCAAUAUCAGAAGCCGCAAGACUGGCUGCUCAAGAUGGUCCGCGCAAACGCAGACUGAUAGCAGCAGAAGAUAGAACAGCUCCUUCGUCGAAUGACCGUGUCUCUAGAACAUUGCAACCUCACUUACAAAAGCUUCAAACGUCUACUCCGAUGUCCCCUGAUUUGGGAGCUAAUGCGAUUACACAACUCCAGCAAACACCGGAAUGGGAUACACAGAUCCCCCGUCCGCUAGAUAUGGAAGUGCAGAGAUCUGCAGCCUCUUCAAGUACCUUCGAGAAUGGGGGAUUUGAAAACGAAGCUCAGAUUUUGAGUCCUAAAUCAGAUGACGGGAGGAGCGAGGCGGAUGAAACAGCGUUUGAUCGGCAAUCUUACAGCUUUGCAGAUUCUGAUUUAUCCUCUUUUCGGAGUACCCAAAGCUCGAGAGCGAUGAUGACUCCAGGCAUGGAGCGAAACAGUGUACAAGCUCAUCAUAAUCCACACCGUCGCUCCUUCAGAGAACCAUCUCGUGUACAAUGCUGGCCCCGUCCUCAAGCAUUGGAUACUACAGCAACACAAGAUGCCAGUCUACCAAGUCCAAGUCUUUCGCCAAUCACUGCCUCGACGACUCUUGAAGGACGUCUGUCUCACACCAAAUCUCGGCUGCCAAACUCACGCCAAAAGCGUUCGACCGAUGCUCAGCUCAGCCGACAGCGAGAAUAUGACCAAAAUGCUCUCAAGAUCACAAACGUGGAGCGUGCCACAUCCACCCCUCAAGCCCAAUGGAUUUCCGACUCAGCAAAACGGGAACAACAUCUGACUCCAAGAGAAGACGUUGAUCGUUCGCUCAUGUGUAUUCCACAACUCGUUGACGAUUUCGAAGCGAUGCCGGAGGAAAUCAAACAAUAUGUGAUUUAUCAGCUUCUCAGGAGGAGCUCUAAGCCAGUGCUGCACUUUGUUGCGGGGGUGGUCAAUCCAGCACUGAAAGUCGAUUUUUUCAAGCAUCUUCCACUUGAGCUUUCCGAAGUCAUUCUUGGUCAUCUUGACAUCAAGUCUUUGAGCUCCGCUGCCCAGGUAUCCAAGCGAUGGCGACAAUCCGUCGACAUGUCCGAAAAGGUAUGGAAACGUCUAUUCUACGCAAAUGGGUACACUUUGCAAGAGGGUGAGCUCGCCAGAGCAAUUCGAGAAGGCUGGGGGUAUCAGACUGUGUCUAAUCCACGGGAAGCCGAACAAGAUCUUAGUCUCCUUGUCGCAGCUUCUUCAGACAUCGAAUCUUCUACAGUAGUGAGUUUGCAGGAUAGUGCACAUCAACCACACCGCUCCAAGAGGAAGGGUAAGGCAAAAGGCAAAAGCGCCAGCAAGCCUUCACGCAGGAGAAAACAGGUGCCACUGUUUGACUCGCCUGAUAUUGAUGAAAACGCCUUCCUUAUCGUGAAGUCCGCAACUGAUGGGCCUUAUGCUGCUGCCAGUGCUGCCGCAGCAGCAAUCUCCCUCCCGCACUCUAAUGUGCACCUCUGGAAGUCAAUCUACAUGCGACACCAUAUCAUACGGAAAACAUGGCUGCAAGACGAGGUCGCACCAAGACAUAUAGCUUUCAGAGCUCAUCAACGGCAUGUUGUUACAUGCUUACAGUUCGAUUCUGAAAAGAUUCUUACCGGAAGCGAUGACGCUAAUAUUAAUGUCUAUGAUACACAGACUGGAGCUUUGAGAGCUAAGCUGGAAGGUCACGAGGGAGGUGUUUGGGCCUUGCAAUAUGAGGGAAAUGUCCUCGUUUCUGGCUCCACGGAUCGGUCUGUAAGGGUUUGGGACAUCGAACGUGGGAUCUGUACGCACACUUUUCAAGGACAUACCUCUACUGUUCGCUGCCUCCAGAUAUUGUUGCCACCUCCGGAUGGUAGAGGUAUGGAUGGUCGUCCUGUGCUUCUACCUAAGACACCGCUGGUCAUUACCGGUUCUCGGGAUUCUCAUCUGCGUGUAUGGAAGCUCCCCAAGCCGGGAGAUGAGCACCAUCACCAGGCUGGCCCAGCGCAGGACGAGAGCACAGAAUGCCCUUUCUACGUGCGGACUCUCACAGGGCAUCAUCAUUCUGUGCGCGCGAUAGCUGCCUAUGGCGACACUCUAGUAAGCGGCAGCUAUGAUUGCAGUGUUCGCGUAUGGAGAAUAUCUACUGGCGAGACUAUGCACCGUCUCCAAGGUCACUCUCAAAAGGUUUACAGUGUCGUUCUAGACACCAAGCGUAAUAGGUGUAUUAGUGGUUCUAUGGAUAACGUGGUCAAGGUGUGGUCUUUGGAGACUGGCAUGUCGCUAUUUAAUCUAGAGGGCCACUCGUCACUCGUUGGAUUACUUGAUCUGCAGCAAGAUCGUCUAGUAUCUGCAGCUGCAGAUUCAACCCUUCGAAUAUGGGAUCCUGAAAAUGGGCAAUGCAAGAGCACGUUAAGUGCCCACACGGGGGCCAUUACCUGUUUCCAGCACGACGGCCAGAAGGUCAUAUCUGGCUCUGACCGCACGCUUAAGAUGUGGAAUGUCGCGAGUGGCGGAUUUGUGAAAGACUUGCUCACUGACCUGAGCGGAGUAUGGCAAGUCAAGUUCAAUGAGCGUCGAUGCGUCGCCGCUGUUCAACGUAACAAUUUCACAUUUAUUGAAGUUCUUGAUUUUGGCGCCGCUCGAGAUGGCGUAUCAGAACACAAACGGGGCAAACGCAUACUUGUUGAUGCAGAGGGUCGCGAAAUCAUCGAUCCACACGAUACUAAUCUCGAGGUUGACUUUAUGGAUGCUAAUUAA